AAAUUGGAUUUAGUCUUCUUCAAAGGGACCGACAGUCAUUCUAGGACCCGCCCCUCCGCCCUGUACGCAGUGACGUCGGUGCACAGCACGACCUGCGCCACUCAGUCCGCCGCAGCAGAAUCUCCAUCAGCCGCUCCAACACUUGAACUCAGCACUGGAAGCGUCUGUCAAACACGAAACAAACAGAGUCUUAUCAGUAGAAUAGAUUGGUCCCGCUCAGCAUCAGAUAUGGAAGCGACAUUCUCCUCCAGUCACUGCAGUUAUGAAGAGUAUAAGGAGACAGCAGACUGGCUGCUGGCUCACACAGAGCAGCGUCCUAAAGUAGCCAUCAUCUGUGGUUCAGGCCUGGGCGGUCUGGCGGACCUGCUGGCUGACAAGACUGUGUUCCCGUAUAAGGAUAUUCCACGUUUUCCCACCAGCACUGUGCCAGGCCAUGCCGGCCAGUUGGUGUUCGGGAGGCUGCAGGGCCGUGAGUGUGUCUGCAUGCAGGGGAGAUUCCACUUCUACGAGGGCUACAACAUACACACUGUGACGUACCCGGUGCGAGUCUUCUUCCUGCUGGGUGUGGAAACUCUGAUUGUGACAAACGCAGCGGGGGGACUCAACAGAAGCUACGAUUUGGGAGACAUCAUGCUCAUAAAGGAUCACAUCAACAUGCCAGGCUUUGCAGGGCAGAACCCACUUUGUGGGCACAAUGACGAGAGGUUUGGAGUGCGUUUUCCUUGCAUGUCGGAUGCUUAUGACAGUGAGCUGAGGGCCUUGGCCAAGCAAACAGCAAAGGAGCAGGGCUGCGACAGCUUCCUGCAAGAAGGGGUUUACUGCAUGCUGGCUGGACCGUCAUUUGAGACCAUUGCAGAGUGCAGAGCACUGCAGAUGCUGGGAGCGGAUGCUGUGGGUAUGAGUACAGUACCAGAGGUUGUGGUGGCUCGUCACUGUGGCUUGCGUGUCUUGGGUCUCUCCCUUAUCACCAACAAGGUUGUGACCGAUUACGACAGCGUUGAGAAGGCCAACCAUGAGGAGGUGCUGAGGACUUCCCAGUACAGAGCCCAGGACGUCCAGAGGCUCGUCAGCCACCUCAUUGCCAAGAUCUAGUACCUUCAUCUGAAAUCUGCUGACAAAAAAACAUGUCCAGCUUCAUAAUUAUGGCAUUUGUGAACAUUCCUAGCUUUGAGAUAAAAAAUGUUUUUGGUGCGGAUGGCAAACUGGUCAAGUUUGUGUGGAUAGGUUAUAACUUGUUGGGGUAUUUUGUUGUGUUGUGGUUAACUGGUGGAGUGCGUGAAAUGUUUUUGAGGUAGAGAGUAGAAGAAAGAAGUUUUUUGAGAAUAUCUGGGAUUCCAUGGCAUUUGACUAAUAUUGUGUGUCUUUUGCCAUUUAGUGCUAUCAUCACAGUAAGAAUUCUCACAACCCUGGAUCCGGUUCCCAUGAAUCACAAUCAUGGAGAACUUAUAGAAUGUAUUUCUAACUAGGGGGGUUACGAUUUUAAAUCAAAAUCAGUUAAAAUGAGCUUUCAAUUUUAGUUAUCAAAAUUAAAAACAGGAUAGGCGAUUCAAACAACAGAACUGCAAAAUCCUCUCACUUCCCUGAAGUCACCAGUGAGGAAACAUUUAGCCUUACCAGCGACUUUUGUACAACAAACAGUGAGGCACAUGGGCAACGAGACUUCAUGGUGCAUUCUGGUGCCCCUCGUUAAACUCAUUGUUCAUUUAAUUGCACCUGUUAACUCUGAGAAAGUCAGACUUUUGUUUGAAAGUACCUUUCCUUUCAUCUAGUGACUUUAACUGUGGCAUUUCCUUCACCCCUGAAAAAAAAGUUUAAAUUUAAAAUUGAAAUUGGGGGGCAAAUAACGAUAAUUAGUGCGGGAAAACCAAAACAGACCA